GCAGCGGCAGUGGCGGCGGCGGCGGCAGCCCGAACCCGGGCCACGGCCACAGUAGCAGCAGCAGCGGCAGCAGCAGCAGUAGCCUCAAGGCCAGUUUAAACUAUGGAGGAGGACAUUCAUCACAAUCUGAAACGGAUCUUCUUCACAGACAGAAUUAUGGCACCUCUCAUCAGCUUCCUGGAUAUGCUGCCACCCAUCAUUCCACCGGUCUUUCUGGAAUAUUUGAUACUAAUAUGAACAGUGCUGGCACUAAUGCUAAAGAAUCUUCAGUAAUGAAUUUUCUAUCUGCUAUUGAAUCCCGAACUGCUCCAGCUACUUCUUCAGGAACUACUCUUUUACCGCAAUUCAGGGCUCCAUCAUGGCAGACAGGUAUGCAUUCCUCAACAGCAACUGAGCUGUUUGUUACUGGAGCUUUGCCAACCACUGGAACGUUUCCAUCAACAUCCACUCUUUCCACUUAUCAGCAUCCCAACACCUUCAGCAAUAGAAACUUUGCUACCACCCCACCUCUGACACUUCAAGAUUCAACUUUCAGUAGUACUUCAAAUGGUAUUUUAAAUCCUCAUGACCCUUUGCUACAAAUCAAGACUUCACAGGGUACUAUUCCAACCGCUUUGGCAUUUGAACGGCUGGGCAGUUCUGUGUUAAGUACCAGUAUACCGCCUCAGUCUUCUACAUAUCGUUCAGCUCAAGAGUCUGCACCCCAUCUCUUACAACCUCAGUUUAGCUUGUUGUCUUCACCCCUUGGAGGAGCCCAGCAAGCUUCUCAAGCCUAUAGCUCAUCAGUUUUUACUGGUUCUACUACAUCCAUUGAAAGAGUUCUUCGAGAAUGUAGUGUUAUUAAACACCAUCAGCGGCCUUCAAAUGCUCAGUCUCUUCAGGCACAACUGACUAGUUCACAGCAUUCCUUACCUAGUUAUUUUUCAAAUGCCAGUGUAGCUGAUUUUCAGGAUACAACCAGGCAGCCAUCUUUAUCUUGUAACCCAAUUGGAGAUUCUACUCAGGUGAGCAAUGGAGGACCACAACAGAAGACCUCUCAGGUCUCAGUGGGAAUGGCUCAGUCUUACCCAUCUACAGUUCCAUCACCCAGCUAUCUUCCUACUUCAAAAGGAAAAAACUGUUCUACAAAGCAACCACCAAGGUCACCUAAGACCCCUAAACCUCAAAGUGUGAUGCCUCCUGUGCUAAAACAAAGCUAUUCCAAAUCUUUACACAACCAGAGUUCUGUGAUAUCAGGCCAAGCACAAAUUUAUUCUACAGCUCAGCUACCCAGCCUUUUAUCAGUUAGCCAGUCCCAAAAUUAUGCUUCCACGCAGUCACAUAAUGUGCCAUCUAUUGUUCAUUCACAGGUUUACACGCACAAUAAAGCUGAGAAGUUGCCACCCUUGUAUAAAACACUGACUUUUUCUGGGCAAUCUCAAACAGUAACUUCUGAAAGUCAGACAGUUAGUUACUCCUCUGAUCAACAACAGGUUUUAUCUUCAAUUACAAAUGAGAACUACUCUACUCAAACAAGAGAUAUUUCUUCAGUUAGCCAGUCUCAGAGCUAUUCUUCUGGUCACUCUCAGGGUUUAUCUACUGUCAGUCAAUCACAGGUUAGUUUCUCAUCUCAAUCACAAGUUUUGUCAGCUGGUAGCCCUUCACAAAACUAUACUUCAGGUCAGUCUCUAACAUUAACAUCAUCUUCUCUUCCAUUUUCUUCUUCACCUCAAGUUCAAAAUUUACCAGCUUCUAGUUCAACCCAGAAUUAUAUUUCUAUGCAUUCUUCUCAAAGUGCUCAGACCCAAGGAUCAUCGUCACCACAGUCACAUAAAUUUUUGCCAACUGCCCAGUCAUCUUUUGCAUCCCCUGUUCAUUCACAAACCUUACAAAAUAAUAGACCUUCCUCUGAAGCAAAAUCUUAUGCUGAAAGGAAGCCUGAUUCUACUAUGUAUACAUCCUCAAAACAAGAAGAUGAUUUUCCAGUGCAAGAUUUACAAGUGUUACAACAGCCGGCAUCUCUUGAAUCACCAACCCAAAGGCUUCCUGAUGGAGAAAUUAAUGUUCAAGAUCCAGCUUACGGAAUUUCAAAGGCAGACGAUAGAUAUCCUCAGAGUGUAAUUAGAAGUAAUUCUUGCCUUGAAGAUCAAGUUGUUGGUGUUAGUCUACAAGAGCAAGAAAAGGAGGAAAGAAUGGGCAGCUCUAUGACACACCUUACCCAGUCAAUUGGGCCAGUGCCUAAUGUGUCAAGCCAUGAUAUUAAGAAAGCAUCUAAUUUAAUGCAGACUUCACAAGUAAACACAAAUACAAAAGAAUUAAACCAGCAACAUUCUCUUCUGCCUAAGGUUCAUGAAGUACAGGUCCAAGAACAACAUAAUCAGGCUAUUCACCCUUCACCACAGAUUCAAAUUCAGACUAAUGCUUUAAGACAAGUUCAUCAGCUACACUUGCCUAAUUCACAGGUACUUCUAGAGUCUGGGUAUGACUUGCAGAUUUUUCAACAGUCAAUUUUACAGGCAGGCUUAAGCCAAGCAAAGAUAUCGACACAGAUACAGCCUGUUCAGAGUUCUCAGCAAAUAGUACAUCCAUUCCUUCAAAUGGAGGGCCCUAUUAUUCAAAGCAGUGGUGGACAUUCUCAGCAGCAGCUUCAUCCUCAAAAUUCUGAGGUUAUUAAAAUGGAUCUCUCAGAAUCUUCUAAACCAUUACAACAACAUCUGGCGACAAAAGGCAUUUUUAAUCAACCAAAUCAACAUGAUUCAAAGAAUCAGUAUGUUUCCCUUGGUUCCAUGUGUUUUCCAGAGUCAAUACUCCUCAGUGAUGAGAGAAACAUUUUAUCAAACGAUGACAUCUUAGCAGCUACUGCUGCUGCUUGUGGGGUUACACCAUCUGAUUUUGCCAAAUCAGCUGCAAGUGAAACACUUCCAACAGUUGAGAAUGGUGAUGACCCUAAAUCCCAUUUUCAGCAAUCAACAGAUAUUAGGCAUGUGACUCCAGACUUCAACUCUCUGACAGCCAUGGUUGGAAAACCAGAGAAUCUCAAUAACAUUUCCUUAAAUGGAGGCCAAAUUACUAUAAAUCUUUCAUCCAUACCUAUAAUUCAUUCAAACAAUAUGAACCUCGAUCAAAAGCAUCUUGAAACUUCUGAUCAAAAUAUCACUCCCUCAGCAAUUGAGGAGCAGCAGCAAUGCUCUGAUACAGUGAACAAAACCUCUCAUAUCACUAAUGAAUCUGAAGAAGACAAUGAAGUCCCCACUGAUGGCCUGUUAAACAACAGAGACCAAGAGUUUGUUACUAGUAGUAAAAGUCUAAGUGGAGAAAGUGCCGUUUCAGAGAAUGAAUUUCAUGUGGCUAGUGACAGUAGUGCCACAGGGUCCCAGAAUAAAGUCUCACUUCCUCUAAUGGUUAUGGCACAACCUGGGGAUAUGAUCAGUGUCAAGACUGAAGAUGACGACCAAGAUAUAAUACAGUUCAACCUUCAGAAGAAAAAACUUACAGGAAAGGGGCUAAUGAAGGAGGAUGAUAACAAUAGUAACCAGAAACAGGUAAAAUGGCCCCCACAAAAUAAACGUCAGAAUUCUUCUCCUAGUUCAGAGUGUUGUCAUGAUGGUUAUCAGCAUCAAGAAAAAAUGAGACAGAAGAUCAGAGAAGUUGAGGAGAAGCAGCCAGAAGUGAAAACAGGAUUUAUUGCCUCUUUUUUAGACUUUCUGAAAUCUGGACCCAAACAGCAGUUUUCAGCCCCUGCUGUACGAAUGCCAAAUCGGACUAGGCGGCCAGGGACCCAGGUUGUUCGUGCACCUUGCCACACCCAACUCCCAAAGACUUCAUCUUCUUCAUCUGCAGUGUCUGAAACUGGGGGCUUUAGUCCUUCUAGAAAAAUUGAUGAACUCAAGAAAAACUUUGAAGCUUUACCUUCAUUUUCUUCUGAUGAUGAAGAUUCUGGAGGAUGUAGUAAUGAUCUCCAGAAGAGCAUCUCCACUGUUUUAUCUACUUUGGAUGAUGCUUCUGAUAAAAAAAAUAAAUCAGUUCCAGAAGCUGUAAAGGCCGCUGCUGGUACAACGCCAACUCCUGCUGCUGCUGCCACCGCCACUUCCAGUGCUGCUGUGAAGCAAGAGUCUGCACACAAAGCUACAUCCCCUGCCACAAAUGCUUCAGAAAACACCGGCUCUACAGAGCCGCCCAAGCUCUCAGGCCUCGGUCUUGAUGGCAUUUCUUCAGACCAGUUAGCAAAGGUCCAGGAAACAGCUGCGUUAGAAGGAUGUGCAGAAGAAAACAGUGACAGUGGAGGAGAAGGCCAGUACAGGGAACGGGAUGAAUUUGUUGUGAAGGUAGAAGACAUCGAUAGCCUGAAGGCAGCUUUAAAAACAGGUAAAGAACCACCAGCCAUCUGGAAAGUACAAAAAGCUUUAUUGCAGAAGUUUGUUCCUGAAAUUCGAGACGGUCAUAGAGAGUUUGCUGCUACUAAUAGUUAUCUUGGAUAUUUUGGGGAUGCAAAGAGUAAAUAUAGACGGGUAUAUGUAAAGUUCAUCGAAAAUACCAACAAGAAGGAAUAUGUCAGAGUAUGCUCCAAAAAGCCAAGAAGUCACCCUUUACCAACUUCCAGAGCUGUUCAUUCUAAACCAAGUAGCAGCAGUAAAGUUCCUGAUCCGCCAGCACCAAAAACAACAAAAGUCUCUUCUGUAAAAUCCAAAGCUAAGCAGCCAAAGAUGAAGGCCGAGCCACCACCAAAGAAACGGAAAAAAUGGAAGCAAGAGCUGGAGUCUUCCCAGUCUGAUUCCUCACCUGAAAUCCGUACUAGUGGCAGUGAGGAAGAGGAAUUUGACCCUCCUGCUCCUUCCGUCCCCCGUUUUUUGAACACAAGGGCUAUGAAGGAAACCUUUAGGAGCUACGUAGAGCUGCUUGUGAGCAUCGCCUUAGACGCAGACACGAUGCAGGCCUUGGAGAAGAGCAAUGAUGAGCUACUUUUGCCACAUAUGAAGAAAAUUGAUGGUAUGCUGAAUGACAAUAGAAGACGACUUCUUCUGAAGCUCCAUUUGGAUCAUUCACUUAAGAAUGCUUUGGAAAGUUUUCCUGAACUAACAAUAAUUACUCGGGACUCUAAAGUGAAAAGUGGAGGGUCUGUUUCUAAAAUCAAAAUGAAUGGCAAAUCUUAUAACAAGAAAACACUUAGGACUUCCAAAUCAACCACUAAAUCAACACAGGAGUUUGCUGUAGAUCCAGAAAAAAUACAGUUGUGUUCUUUAUAUCAUUCUCUUCAUCAUUACAAAUACCAUAUUUAUCUGAUGUGCAAAGAGGAGAUUUCAUCUGUGCAAAAAAAAAAUGAAGAUUUAGGACAGGAAGAAAUUGUACAGCUCUGUAUGAAAAAUGUAAACUGGGUGGAGGACCUUUUUGAAAAGUUUGGAGAACUUUUGAAUUUUGUCCAGCAAAAAUGUUCAUGACAUUUUCCAAAAUAAUCAUUUUUCUACAUGCAGGAGGAAAAACAAUUCAAAGAGCAUUUCCAGUUCUUCAGACAAUGCAUACCUUCUUCACUUAGGGAACUUGUACCUUGGUUCCUGCUGAGGAAAUUAGUCCUUUGUGAAUGGACCUAUAACACAUUUUUAUCCUGAUGAAUGAUUUUUCUAUUUUGCAAACUAUUGGGUAACAGUUAUUUUCAGAAAUGUUCUUUGAAAAAACAAUAAAGCAUGCACUAAAUAUAAUUCUUUAUUGCUACAGAGAACACUUAAAUACUUUAGUUUUUCUUGCCUCUGUCUAAACAACAGCCAGGGGUGAAAAUAAGCAUAUAUAUUUGCAUUUACAUCUGGCCACCAAAAUGAGAGUAUUGUACAUUCUAUAAACAGCUAGUGUGUUGUGUCAUUCUGUGAGAGAAUAUUGCCAUCAUCAAAUUCAGAAACCACAUUCUGCUGUAUGGACUCCUUUUACUUGGAACAUGUUCAGGAAACUGGAUGUGGAAUUGGUGCAAUCCUUUGACUGCUUUUUGUGUCAAAUUAUAUUGUAAUGAAAAACAAUGAACUAUACUAUUUUCCCUGUUUUGAAGAAAAGUAUUUUCCUUUAUACUCUGUUUUUCUUUGGAAAAAAUUCAAUUGUACAUUUUAUCUCACUAAUAGUUGUAUUUUUCACAGAGAAAAUAUUGUGGUUAUAAUUGUUUCAUAUAUCUUUGUAAUACACUUUGCAUUGUUUCCAGUAAACCUUAUUCAUUUAUAUGUUGACUUCCUAUUGUAAACUCUAUCUUGAAGUAACUGAUUUGUUUAUACAGACUUGCUUCAGUGUUAACCAGAACAUGCAUUUAGUACUAGACUAGUUUAGCAUCAUAAAUGUAGUUGUGUUAGACACUGCAGUUAUUUUCUGACAUAGGAAAAUAAAUUUCUUACUAAACUAGCACUUGAUUAACUGAUUUAUUAAAAUGAAAGCUUAACUAUGGCUUACUUUCUGGUUAACAAAUUGGUAAUUGACUUGAUUAUUAUAUGCAGUGUUGAACACAGCUUACAUCAUUCUUAGAACUGGAAGUGGUGGAGUUCUCCUUUUGGUGCCUUUUCAACCUUUAUACAUGCUUUUUGUAGCUUUCUUUAGUUUUAAUAGCUGACAUUUCAAAUAGUUCUGCUCAGACAGUGAAUGUAUUAGGUUCAACAUGAUAUUAUUUUUUAUUUUUGUUUGCCAACAGGAUGCCUUAUUUGUUUGGAAGAGAUUUCCCAGUGUCACUCAGCUAUCUCCUUUUUUUAAGAUUUUAAGAAAUGGUCAACUACCAUACUUUUGUUUAUUUUACCACCAUUUAGUGCCUUAACUCCUGCCAAGAAUGCAGUCUAUUGCUCAGUGCCCAAAAAAGGCAUGGUUGUGUAGCCAUUGCUAGUGUCUUGAUUUUGAAUUAACAGGCUAACAUAUAAUACUUUAAAACCUCAGUAAAUGUGGCUGAAAGUUGAAGAUGACAAGCAAUCUGAUUUGUGUCAAAACACCUGUAGCACUGGGGGGAAAAUCAGUACUUACUCUUGAAUACUUAUUCUGUUGUUUAAAGCAAUAAUACUUAAAUGCUUAUAUACAAUUGGACACAGGAUAGAAACAAUGUUUCAUGACAAGACAAAUGUUUUAUUUCUGGAAGUUUCUUAAAACCUGGUUAGGUAGCUUAUUACCAUGAAAAUAGUACAUGGUAUAAUUGCUUAUUGGACUCGUAUCACCUGGACUCAUAUUUGAGAGUACAGAAUGUCAGAAGCAGAAGCAUCAUGAAACUAAUUUAUGCUAAGUGAAGAAAGACACACAUGUGGAGGAAGCAGCCAUAUUUCUCUCUUGUAGUACUGACUCUGGACAGAACCCAUUUACAAAGCUCAAAACAGAUUAUAUUGAGAUGCUAAAAAGUAAAGACAUAUUAAUAUGCCAUUAUUCAUAAACAUAAGACUACAUCAUUCACCCAAAUUAGCCUCUUUUAGCAUUUCUAGUCAAACUUUUUGUUUCUGCAUUUCAGGUAACACGACUCAAAGUCAUCAAAAUUAUUUCAUGAUGUGCCCUUGAAAAGUUGAAGUGAGACGUUUUCCUCAUUGAAAUUAAUCAUGUGCUUCCUAUCAAGACAUCCAUUUCACUUCUAGCCAUAUGCUUACAGCUUAGGCCACUUCAGUACAACAGGUGUACUAUUUCCCACUACACGUAGAAAAACAAGAUUAGAGGUUAGUUCUAUUUCUGCAGUAUGCUGCCCGUGGCAGGCCCAAGAAUUCUAACUGUGACAACAUCGCAGUCCUCAAAUGAGCUCAACAACAUAGGCAGCAGCAGCAAAGUUCCUCCUCUUAGAUCCUAGGAAAAAGAACCGUAAGUCAAGCUUAUAAAUGAACUCUCCCUUGCUAACUAAAUACAGAUGUUACCGAGUACCAGUUCCUAACUUUUCUGAAAAGAUGCUGAUUACAAAGUUUAUGAUGGCAGCUCGAGUUACAGGGAAUGUGCUGCUUGUCACCACAACAUUUUGAAGAUGAGAUUUUCCUGUCUACACAAACCUGAAAGGAAAGAAAUUGCACAAGACAUUUCUGUGUGUGUGUGUGUGUGUGUGUGUGUGUGUGUGUGUGUGUGUGUGUGUGUGUGUGUGUUUAUUUCAGAUAUCUGGCUGGAGAAGAGGUGGUGUUCCCACAUACACUCCCUUCCCUCAUCCUAGCCCAGUCACCUUUUUCUUGAUCCUGCAGUGAAAUAAAAUUUUAAUGGUUUACUAGUCAUCAUGGUGUGGUGACAAUAACAAUUGCUCAUUAUUUGCUUUUCAUUGCAAGAUCAAAUAGGGAAGUCCUGGGAAGAAGAAAAAUCUUAAGUAUUUUUCAUAAAUUUGUAAAUUCUCUCUUAAACUACAAAAUCAAAAAGUGGUAAUAGGUUAAUUUUCUAAGAUGAUGUUUUCCUCAGCAUGAAAAGUCUUCUGUUCAAAGAAAAUAGAGUUCUCGAAACAUACAAAAAAAGAAUUUUUUUUUUGCUGAAAAAGCUGCUCCAUUUUGAGCUGUGACUUUGAAGGCAGAGCCCCCUAAAAGUCAAUGGAGCAGCAGGGUUUAAAGUGGUUGGUAACAGCUUUGAAAGCUGCUUCAGGUGUUUAAGUUCUAGAAUGUUUAUUGCGUCUGUAUGGUUUAAAAGCUGUUUCUGCCUCUUGUAGCAGAAAGGCAGUUUGUUGAAUAGAAUGUAAAAUCCCAGGAUAACUGCUGCCAACUGCGUCAGUGGCACAGAAACAGUGCACCUAGCUGUGCAUCAUUGCACAACGUACGCCUUGUCGCAUCAAUGUUAAGUGCAUGCUUUUGCAUAUCACCUUUUAUUUAUGUGACGAGACCUGAAAUUACGGAUACUAAGGAACCUUAUGCAUUUUUAGUCCAGAGUUUCAAGUGGUCCAGAUACUAUGUAUGGAAAUGUGAAGGGACAAUUUUGUAUAAUACACAUUUGAUGUUACUAAUUCAUUAAAAUGAAAGCAAUUUUUAAACAAUAAAACUGAAAAUGUUCUGGGCAUUUGUUUUUUCUUUUAA